AUGUACGCUGACAUCGGGGCCGGCGGCGGCGCGGGGCCCAGCUCGGCCGCCGCCCCCGCGCCGCUCCUCGAGCCCAUGCCGUACGGGGGGUUCCCGAUGCAGGCGCAGCUGAGCGUCGAGUACGGGGGGUUCGGGCUGCCCCUGCUCGAGAACGGCGAGUAUGCGAUGCCUGCCGGCGUGCCAAUACCGCCUCCGCCGCCGCCACAGCUGCCCGACCUGCCAGUGUCGGCGGUCGCUGGGGCACCUGUGCCGGACGCGGACAUCACGCGGUUGGAGUCCUUCGCGACCUGGGACGACAUCUCGUUUUUCCUCGCCCUGCACGUCAAGCACCAGCACGUGCAUGUUCCCUUGGUGCAUAGGCCGAGCUUUGCGCAGGACGUGCUCCAUCGCCGCGAUGAGGGGGACGAGGCGUUCCGCGGCCUCAUCCUCAGCAUGAUCGGGUACACUAUCACGCAGUGUCCCUUAUCGUGGCUCGUCGGGCGGAUGGAUAAGGCGCGCCUCGAGGGGCUCCUGGCCAAGUGCCAGCGUGGGAGCCGGCUCAUCCAGAUACGGUAUCAGACGCGCCCUAGCCUCGUCGUGCUGGCCAGCACCAUCCUAGACUGGAUCACGGCGCAGGCCGCACCGACGCCCGAGCUCGGGGCUAACCUGCUCGCCGAUGUGCGAAGGCUAGUCUACUCGCUCGGCCUGAACCACGAGCUCCCCUCCGAGUCGCUCAGCCCAUUGGACAUAGAACACUGCCGCCGGCUCUACUGGCAGGCGUACGCGAUCGACAAGACGAACAGCCUGAACGGGCAUCCCGUGCAGCUAGCAGACUAUGACGGCGCGCCGCCGCUGCCACUGGAAAUAGACGACGAGUACCUCCCCGCGCUCGCGCAGCCGGCCGACAAGACGAGUUACCUUGCGGCCUUUGGCAUCUGUGCGCGCCUGUUCAAGGUCCUCGGCGGGUGCAUCCAGCGCCACCGCGUGUGGCUGCACGACGCGGAUGCCGGCCCGUCCGGUGUCCGCCUAGCGUCGUGGGUCGCCGAGCAGCGGCGCGACGUCGACGCGUUACUGAGCACGCUGCCACCGAGCCUGCAGCCGCGUUUCCAGCAGCAGGGCGACACGGCGUUCGCGACGCAGAGCGCAAACAUCUACAUCACGGCGCUGUGUGCUGAACUUGCCUUGCUCGACCUGCGCGCCGAGGUGGUCCCCGGGCCAGACGACAAGAAGGAGCGGUACGAGAUUGCGCGGCGGACGUUUGCGCAGCUCGAGCACAUCCCAGUCGAGUGCGUCGCGUCCAACGGCGAAAGCCUGCGCGGCAAGGUGCUCCGCGUCGUCGUGUCGCUGCUGUCUGCCGACGCCGAGCAGACCCCCCGCGGGCUGUGGGACUGGUGGGGCAUGUACUCGCGCGUCGAGUUUGUGCAGCUCUUGCCUGCGGGCGGCGGGGGCUAG